AUGGCAAUGCCCGUCACGAGCUGCUCCUCGUUCUUGACGGCCAAAGACAAGCUGCCCGGCGCUUUUCAGACCAUCGGGCUUGACCCCCACAAAUCAGAAGGCCACGACGUACUUCUUGUGCGCCACGCUGAGUCGAUCGCCGAGGUGUUCCCCGACUGGGUGCGCCGUACCAAGAUCGACGAGCGCUUCUACCGGCCCACCGACUUG